AUGUGGCGUCUUGCCGUUUUUCUGUCGCUUGCGGCGUUUUUCGUUCACGAUGUUCUGGGAAAAGGAGACCCCGAGUUGAAGAUGACUACUCCCCAAAUUAUUGAGCGAUGGGGAUAUCCUGCGAUGAUUUAUUCAGUCACCACAGAUGAUGGAUAUAUCCUGGAAAUGCACAGAAUUCCAUUUGGAAAAACUAAUGUAACAUGGCCAAAUGGAAAGCGUCCAGUAAUUUUCCUGCAACACGGGCUCCUUUGUGCUUCCAGUGAUUGGGUUCUGAACCUUCCAGAUCAGAGUGCAGGAUUCAUCUUCGCCGAUGCUGGAUUUGACGUUUGGAUGGGUAACAUGCGUGGAAACACAUACAGUAUGAAGCAUAAAAAUUUGAAACCAUCUCACUCAGCAUUCUGGGAUUGGAGUUGGGAUGAGAUGGCGACUUAUGACCUGAACGCAAUGAUCAAUCACGUUUUGGAAGUGACUGGACAGGAGAGUGUGUACUAUAUGGGUCACUCGCAGGGUACCCUGACAAUGUUCAGCCAUUUGUCGAAAGAUGAUGGAAGUUUUGCGAAGAAGAUCAAGAAAUUCUUUGCGUUGGCACCAAUCGGAUCCGUGAAGCAUAUCAAGGGAUUCUUGGCGUUCUUUGCAAACUACUUUUCAUUGGAGUUUGAUGGUUGGUUUGACAUAUUCGGCGCCGGCGAAUUCCUUCCCAACAACUGGGCAAUGAAACUCGCUGCCAAGGACAUUUGCGGCGGACUCCAAAUUGAAUCCGACCUCUGUGACAACGUCCUUUUCCUGAUCGCCGGACCAGAAAGUGAUCAAUGGAAUCAGACUCGUGUUCCAGUAUACGCGACUCAUGAUCCAGCUGGCACAUCCACCCAAAACAUUGUCCACUGGAUGCAAAUGGUUCACCAUGGAGGUGUCCCAGCCUACGAUUGGGGUACCAAAGAGAAUAAGAAGAAGUAUGGGCAGGCGAAUCCACCAGAAUACGAUUUCACUGCCAUCAAGGGAACUCAAAUCUAUCUGUACUGGAGUGACGCUGAUUGGUUGGGUGAUAAGGUUGACAUCACUGAUUACUUGUUGACCCAUUUGGACCCAGCGGUUAUUGCGCAAAACAAUCAUCUUCCGGAUUACAACCAUUUGGAUUUCACAUGGGGACUACGUGCGCCACAGGACAUUUAUCAUCCAGCAGUGGAGCUUUGUACAAAUGAUUAUUUGGGAAAAUGA